CGAGCAGCAGCACACACUCACCGCCCGCCGCCGUCCCCGCCUUCCUGCGUCUGACGGCCAGCUCGCCAGGCCCCAGGCCCUGCCCUCGUGACGCACCUUAACAACAACGACAGCCACAAGCAACCUGUACUGCCGGGGCUCUAGAGGCCGUGGCCCAUGGCCUAACCUGCCACCUCAGACACUGCAGAAGGUCCCCGCGGCAGUAGCGGCAGCCUCCCCAGGCCGCAGCAGGGCACAGGGCCGGAGCGUCCCGGGCCGCAGUGACAGUCACACCAGCACAGAGUAGACCGCCGCAAUGUCUGAGGGCGGCGGCCCCACGUACGCGUCCCUGACGCCGGCCAACCCCGCCAUCAUCAACGGGCUGGCGGCCGUGGACAUGCAGGGCACGCACCUGGCCCCCGAGCACGGCCUGGUGAACAUGGUGGCCGCCGUCAUGCCCGACCACCACCAGCACCAGCACCAGCAGCAGCAGCAGCAGGCCGCCGCGACGCUGGCCUCGGUCCAGGACGGCCAGGCCAGCUCCGUGGACAGGAACACGCUGGUGGCCGUGCUGCAGUUCCUCAAGAAGAACAGCAUGAAGCGGACGGAGGAGUUGCUGCGACAGGAGUGUAACUUCUUCGACCCGGUGGACGAGGACAAGCAGGGUGGCGGCCUGGGGGGUGACACGGAGGUCUCCAGCGUGCUCUCCGCCUACAAGAGCGAGGGUGACCCGGCCAAAUACGAGGACGCCUUCAGGGCCCUCCACGCCUUCAUCGAAAAGAGUCUGGACGCUUACAAGCAUGAGGCGUCGCUGGUGCUGUUCCCGGUGCUGGUUCACAUGUACCUGGAGCUGGUGUACAACGGGCACGACGAGGUGGCGCGCACCUUCCUGGAUCGGCUCAAGGGGACGCAGGAGGAGUGUUACCAAGAGGACCUGCACAAGCUGUCCCUCGUCACUAACCGCGAGCACAUGUCAGGAUACCAGAUCAUGGACAACUUUAGGUCAAGCCAGUUCACCAUCCGCCUCUCCCGCGACACAUACUCCCACCUGAAGCGCUUCCUGACGGAGUGUGGUGGCGGCCCGGUGCCCCGCAUCAUCCACGACCGCCUGUACCUGGACGUGUACGAGGGUGUGCCGCGGACCAGGGCGCAGGUGCUGGCCACCACGGGCGCCCAGGAGGGGGAGGCACCCAGGCAAGUGAACAAGGUCAAGAUCUACCACGGAUUGCUGAAGGAACCGGAGAUCCCCAACCUAGCCAUGGAGGAGGAGGAGGGCGAGGAGGAGGGGGACAAGCCCAAGAAGAAGAAGCCCAAGAAGGACGCCCUGCAGAAGAGCAAGAAGAAUGACCCCAAUGCCCCACCCAGCAAUAGGAUACCCCUGCCAGAACUGCGCGACAUUGAUAGGAUGGAGCGAGCCAAGGCCUUCCGAGACACCCUGAAGCGCGUCACCCUGCUGAAGGACACGCUGCCCUCCAUCUGCUUCUACACCUUCCUCAACGCCUCUGGAAACAUCACAGCGGUGGACAUCUCAGACGACUCCAGCAUCCUGGCAUACGGCACGGCUGACUCCCAAGUGCGCGUCCAGAGCAUCACUCCCACCAAGCUGAGAUGCAUGAAGUCAGCGGAGCAGCUCAGUGACAUUGACAAGGAGGCUGACGACGUGUUGGUGCGCAUGAUGGACGAGCGCACGGCAGAGACGGUGCGCACGCUGCUUGGCCACGCCGGACCUGUGUAUUCCGUGUGCCUCAGCCCAGACCGCAACCUCCUCCUCUCGGCCGGGGAGGAUGGGACCAUCCGCCUGUGGAGCCUUCAAACGUGGACCUGCCUGGUGGUGUUCAAGGGCCACAUCUUCCCCGUGUGGGAUGUCAAGUUCUCCCCCUACGGUUACUACUUUGCCUCCGGGGGACACGACCGCACCGCACGCCUCUGGGCCACCGACCACCACCAGCCACUCAGGAUAUUUGCCGGCCACUUCUCGGAUGUUGACGUGGUUCAGUUCCACCCCAACAGUAACUACGUGGCCACCGGCUCCAGCGACCGCUCUAUCCGGGUGUGGGACACUCUCAACGGGAACUGUGUGCGUGUGUUGACCGGCCACAAGGACAUCAUUGACGCCCUCGCCUUCUCCCCGUGCGGCCGCUUCCUCGCUUCAGCUGGUGGGGACAAGCGUGUCUUGGUCUGGGACAUGGCACAUGGCCUCCUCAUAGCAGAGAUGGCCUCACACACCUCCACCAUUUACACCAUUGCCUUCUCCAGGGACUGCAAUGUUCUGGCCUCAGGAGGGAUGGACAACUGUGUCAAGCUCUGGGACUUCAGCCGCGUGAUAGAGGACAACCACGAUGAGGACAUCAACGUGAGCAGCAACCCGGAGAUCAAACGCGGCGGCGACUCACUCCUGCUCGGCACCUUCCCCACCAAGAGCACACCAGUCCUUGCCGCUCACUUCACGCGCAGGAACGUCCUCCUCGUUGCUGGCCCCUUCGAAGGCUGAGCUGUAUUGGGACUGUCUGGAUGCAAAAGUUGGUUUGCGGGGCCGCCGAGCGCUGCUGUCGCCGCAGCCACUCGGCUGACCGUUACGUCGAAUAAGAGAAAUUUACGUCUGGCCGUUCAGAACCUACUUUGUUGCGAGGCUGUGCAGUUCAUGACGAGCCUUGUGAUGUUGAGAGCAGCGUUUGUUCCAGAGUAAUUCCACUGAAAUUUACAAGUAAAGGUUGAAGUGUU